AUGAAGCCUUCAGACAACCUCCGCCACCAACUCCUCAAAUAUCUCGAAGAGAGAGCAAAUCGAACCUCUGCUACAACCACCGCUCCACCACCCUACCCCAACACAACCAAUUCAUCAAAUCCAACACCAAUUCGCAUUCCAAUUAUGUACGCCCCCUACCACACCUACCAUCACGACGAUGACUACAGUUAUGACUGGGAUGAGCCCACCCCAGCCGCCAUCUCCAUCACAAUCGACUCCUCAAUCACCAUCGCCGGCGACAAGAACACCGUCACCUUGUCCUCUCCACGAGCUGAUUCUCCGACGAGCGAAUCCACCGCACAAGGUGUCGAGACCACCACUGCUAAUGCCAAUGCCAAUGCCAAUGCCGCUAACAAGGAUGUCGGUCACGGUCAGGAGCAGAUGAUGGGUCAGAUUGCUGGCAGCGUUAUUAAAGCCCUCAAGGCCCACGGCCUAACCGAAGAAAUGGGCCGCAGUCGCCCUAUCACCGUCGAGCUCAAGCGCGGUGUUACCAUCAAGGGCAUUGGCAAUGAGGUCCGGAUUGGGGGCGCCCCCCGCUCGCCUGUGACACCGGGCUCCUAUGAUGAUGGUGUUGAAGGAUGUAUCAUCCGUUCUGCACCGAUGGCGUCGCGGGGAAAUCACCCGGAUACGUCGGAAGUCUCUGAGCCGGGUGUUGAAGAGGGCACUGAGGUGGUUGCUGACGAGUGCAGUCCGCCGCCUGUUAAAUGUCGUCACCACUGGUGA